AUGAGUGAUUUGAUAGCCUUUUAUUAUCCAUCUCAGGUUUAUACUGAUACUCUGAAAGAAGAGUUUCCUCAUAUUCAGUUUUUCAAUGAUUUACCUACGUUACAUCAGUUUAUUGGAAUAAAUCAAAAUCAUUUAAUAAAACUUUUUUUAUCAUCUGAUUUUAAUACAAACGAAUUAUUUUCGCAGUUACAUAGCCAACUACAAUCCAUCUAUAUUUAUUGUUGUUGUAUUCGUAAAGUAGAAGAUUUAACUGCAUGGAAACGUAACAAUCAAUAUUUACGUGUACGUGAAAUAUUUCGUCAAGAUGAACUUAAGUAUUGGUUAUCUAUCGUUUCUCUAAAAUAUCGUUAUCAUAAAAAUAUAUUCUCUAAAGAAUAUGAAUAUUAUUCUAACAUGGUACAAAAAUAUCUGGAUGACAGUAGUUUUAAUAAUAAUCUCAAUGUAAGACAAGCAACAUCAUAG